AUAGAGAGCUUUCACCAUGUUGACAUUUCAGCAAGGGCUGCAAGAUAUUGGGACACUGGCAUUUCUGUUUCAUCAUGGCUUCCAGUAACUACGUGGUUUUGCUUCUCUGCUUUAUGCUAUUGCUACCUCUUUUUCUGGCUACAGUCUUUUUAAAGCAGGAGCAGGCAAACAGCUUGCUGAAAAGACAAAGAAGAGCUAAUAGCUUCCUUGAGGAGUUAAAAAGAGGGUCACUAGAACGGGAGUGCGUUGAAGAAUUGUGUUCCUAUGAGGAAGCCAGAGAAAUCUUUCAAGACACUAAAAGAACAAUGGAAUUCUGGCACACUUAUGUUGAUGCCAACCAAUGUGACUCUGCCCCCUGUCAGAAUGGUGGGACGUGUGUCGAUGAAUUUCAGGCUUAUGUUUGCCUUUGCCCUGAGGAGUAUAAGGGCAAAAACUGUGAGAGAGGUCUGAAUGACACACUGAAGUGCAUUAAUGAAAAUGGGCACUGUGAACAUUAUUGCAGAGACAGUCCAACCACAAUACGACAGUGCUUUUGUGCAGAGGGUUACAUGUUAGCAAGUGAUGAAGUGUCCUGUACUCCCCAAGUGGAUUACCCAUGUGGGCGAAUCCCUGUUUUAGCAAAGCAAAGUGCAACUCAGCGGGGGAGAAUUGUAGGUGGUUAUGUCUGUCCCCCAGGUGAAUGUCCAUGGCAGGUUCUGCUAAUAGAGAAUGAGAAACAAAAGUGUGGAGGUUCACUGCUUGCGCCAAGCUGGGUGGUUACUGCUGCUCAUUGCUUAGAAAACACACAUCCAAAACUGCUCCGAGUAAAACUGGGAGAACACAGAAUAGAUGAAGAUGAUGAAGGGGAGCAAGAAAGGAGGGUUUCUGAAAUGAUCAUUCAUGAAAAUUAUAUUUUAGGAAAAACUGACCAUGAUAUUGCCCUGCUGCGCCUAGAGGCACCUGUUAAUUUCACUGAUUACGUGGUACCCAUAUGUUUGCCUGAGAAACAGUUUGCAAUGUAUGAGCUGUCCUCCAUUAAGUUCUCCACUGUGAGCGGAUGGGGGCGUCUAAUAGAAGGAGGUGCUACUUCUGCGGUUCUGAUGAGAGUUGAUCUGCCACGUGUCAAGACACAAGAGUGUGUCCAGGAGACCAAAUUAAAUAUCACAGAGAACAUGUUCUGUGCAGGAGACCUUAGUGGGACCAAAGACUCCUGCAGUGGGGACAGCGGUGGGCCUCAUGCCACAAAGUACAAGAACACCUGGUUUCUGACAGGGAUUGUCAGCUGGGGGAAAGGGUGUGCUACCGAAGGCACUUACGGAGUUUACACGCGGGUGUCUAAAUAUAUUGAAUGGUUAAACAGGCACAUGGAUUCAUAAACUGCCAGGCUACCUCUAGUCAGAACAUUUCCACAUUGCAGAGGAAAUCUUUGAAUCCCACCUGGGACAUUUCCCUGUUUAUUAUUCUUUCAGGAUCUUAAAAAAGUUACUCACACCUUUACCUAAGGAUUAGAAAGCAAGCCCUUUGCAGUUCAGUCACAGUAAACUCAUUGUUUGUACAUUAUGAUCUAAGAGGAAAUAUUUUGCAGCAAUGUUUUCAAAGUGGGUAACACUUGUAAAUUAUAUUUCCACAACUUUACCUUACAUCACAGUUGCAAAUACUAAAGGCAAACCUUGCUACAUGUGAUCUGUCCUAAGACUCCAGAACCAAGGAAAUGGGAAAAAAAUUUCAUUCCAGGUUUUGUUACUGAAGUCUUAGUUUCAUCUUUUCCUACAUUAAAUACUAAUGUAAUAUUGUGAACAAUGAUAAAAUUGAUCCAUAUUUGUG